UUUAUUUUAUUUUUUCCGUGAAUUCAAAUAAAAAUAUUCAAUAUCUGCUCUCUCCCCCGUCUUUUCCUGCGCCUGUCCUCAGUUUCCCGACCACACACAUCGCCACCACCACUACCCUUCCCACCGCCGCCGCUUCACUUCCCCUGCCGCCGCCGUCACCAUUUCUUCUUCCAUGGGCAAGCACAAAACCCCGCGCCGGAGUCUCGACUCCUACUCCGUCAAGCACAUCAACAAGACCGUUAAACCCGGCGACUGCGUGAUGAUGCGCCCGGCGGACAACUCGAACUCGUCCUACGUGGCGAAGAUCGAGCAGAUCGAGUCGGACAGCCGGGGCGCCAACGUGAAGGUACACGUGAGGUGGUACUACCGGCCGGAGGAAUCGAUUGGCGGGCGCCGGCAGUUCCACGGCUCCAAGGAAGUGUUCCUCUCCGAUCACCGUGAUAUUCAGAGCGCGGAUUCUAUUGAAGGCAAAUGUACGGUCCACAGCUUCAAGAGCUACGGGAAGCUUGAGGCUGUUGGGGAUGAGGACUUUUUCUGUCGGUUCGAGUAUAAUUCCACCACCGGGGCUUUCAAUCCCGACAGGGUCGCCGUGUAUUGCAAAUGUGAAAUGCCGUAUAAUCCCGAUGACCUUAUGGUGCAGUGUGAAGGCUGCAGCGACUGGUUUCAUCCUGCUUGUAUAGAAAUGACAGCGGAGGAAGCUAAAAGGUUAGACCACUUCUACUGUGAGACCUGCUCAUCCCAAGUCCAAAAGAAGUUGCAGAACUCCCAUGCUGCUACUACUACCCCACCAAGACAAUCAGAUACAAAGGUGGGACCAAAGAGGCGUCGAAGGGGAUAACUAGAGGAACAUAGGAUCGUGCAAUAAGAAACGAAACUGGGGAUGGAAAAUGUGAUCAUUUUCAUCAUCAUUGUCAUCUUCUUCACCGGGUUUAGUUGAUGAUGGCUGAGUGGCAAUCUGUACUCUGUGAGCUGGCUGAGGAUGGCACUGCUUUUUAAUGACCCCCUUUGCUUUGUUGUUGUAUUUAUGUUUAUAUAUGAAUAGAAGAGUAGUAGUUAGUUUUGCCACGAGGUUUCCUGUUUGAAGGUCGAGGACGAACCAACGGGUGGGUUGGUUCGUGUGUCAACUAUCAACACGAGCUUGUUAGACAUGUUGUAUCAUAUAUAGGGUUUGUUCAUUGCUGUUUUGGUGUGUCUACUUGUGACUUCUGACUUGACUGAUGAUGGAAGCUUAAUGUAUGGAAGCCAAGGGUCCGAAUAUCUGCAAUCUUUGCUUUUUGCUGCCAACAAUGGAAGCUGUGAAAAGGAAUUCGCACGGCGAAUUCAUUUCUGGAAGAACAACUAUGCAGAGUGAUUUCUACGCACAAAGAUGGGUUGUAAGAUAUGAUCAAGCGUUAGUUUUAACAAACGAUAUGUGUACAACUAUAGCUAAAUCGGUAGAAUAUAAGAUGGCCGAUUUAACCACGUAAAACCAGCAGGCGAACAUUCCGGCCAUGAGUGGUUAGUAUAGUUUGUGCAUGGUAUGUACUUCUGCAGUAAAUUGUUUGA